GUUUCUUCAUCGUUCCUCUGCGCUCUCGACUUAAUAACCAAGCAAACUGCUUUGAUUUACAUCCGUUACUAUGUCCAGGGAACACAACAGGAAGUUGCUUCUUCUUCAGAAAGCAACAGACAAGCUAAACGAGGCGGUUCGCACCAUUGCAGAGUCUGAGAAUUAUUUCCUGGACAUGGCUGCUACAUACGGUAACAUGAUGGCAAGCAACCUUGAGUUAUCAGAUGUUUCAUGGUAUGUGCAAAAAAAGGAGCGGUGCCUAGAAAUUGCUAAAGAGUUUACAGAUAUGCGUGAUGUUUCUCUUCAAGAGUUGGAUAAGCUCCAUAAUCUAAGAACGAGAGAGAUUGAAGCCUUUCAGCAGAAAGCAGCUCUGCAAAAGACAAGAAGCCCUUUUUGUUUUUUCUUUUAGGAUUAACUUGCAUCUUUAUCUUAUCUAUCUAUUUUUCUUUAUUCAGCCAAAAUAGAGAGAU